AUGGCUGGUCGCAUUGAGCUGCCGUUUCUCUAUCAGACCAGGACUAUCGUAGGUCGGUCCCGGAGGCUAUUGGACUUGAGUAGGAGGCUCGUCUCAAGUCACGAAGGUAGAGAAGACCUUGCUAAAAAUGGCUCCGUUUCCCCAUCCCCUGAGCAGGAAGAACCCUUCCUCAGAGCAAAGGCACGGGGUGGUACUUGGGCGCCUCUAACCGGCAAACCCAUAGCGAAGGACAGCGAACCAGGAUCCACGAUAUCGUCAACCAUAACCGCAAGCGAAAGAAGAGCUUUUGAGGCCAUCUUGCGCUUCGCCCCUAAACAGGAUGGACCUAAAAGCGUAACGCCACGAUCACCGCACCAGGAUGCUGUAGAUACAGAUAUCGACGCCAUCCUCAAGAUCUUCACCUCGUCUGUCAGAGAUCAUGACUCGAAACUGGGUGCCAUGCAGGAUGAUCAGCGUGCGGCCGAGUCUCUGGAUCCCGAGGUCAGGACGAAGCAUCCGAUGCCGCAAGGGUCAGCAAAGAUGACAAAAGCACUGCAGUCAAGCUCACAACCUUCGACAGGGAUCAGCUUGCCAACAGAAGAGAUGGUCCAGCAUCAGCCAAUAUCACGAGCACAAGCCAGGAGCGAGCACGAGCCGCGAUCAGCAGAACAAGUCCAUCCUGGGCCUUACUCAGUGCCAGCGGAAGAUCAACCCUUCACCCAAGCGACCGAAGGACAAACAGAUGAACCACCGCUCUGGUCUCCUUUCGGAGGCAAAGGAGAGCCGGGCCAUGUUCUAUUCCGCCAGGGAUCUCGCUCUCUGCUUCGAGACAAACCCGAACCUGAAUCCAAUGCCACCUUAGCUACAUCUUCCGCCAACACAGACGACCCUCUGGCUGGCGAGCCCAGCAAAGAUGCCGUACCAGAAGACUCUGUCGACCAAUAUCUUCUCGAAACCGCCCCUCCCUCUCAAGCCAUGUCUCAACUCGAAUCAUCAAUCCAAUCCGCCGUCCGCGCCAGGAUGCUCUCCCUUUCGGCUGCCCUUGAAGCCGCCGCCACCUCGACCACUCAACGCGGCGACACCGCCAUGUGGGAAGUCGUAGAGUCGCAGAUAUUCUCCCUAGCGAAACAUUUCCAACCCCGAACCACUCAGCACCCACGGAAGGAGAGCCAACCAUUCGGCGGCAUCAGCAAAUUCACGUUUUCGCGCGAGAAAUCAGAUAAGCCAGCCCAGUUGAUCGAGGCCGCAGAGCGGCAGCGGGCAGGAGUUCGAAUGAGCCAGCCAUCAGCUUCGGCACCAGGACCUACCAGUCAAGCUCCUAGCGGUGCUGCCACAGCCUCUGAGAUCAAUAACGUUGCCACCCCUCCACCCGCGGAACCGCUCUCACACCACGACCUCCAAAUCCUCCAACACAUCUACCCGGCCGCCCUGCUGCUCGCCCUGCGCCUAUACAUCACGCAGUUCCCCUCGUCACCGUACGCGUUCCUCCUCCUCCCGCGUAUUCGCGCCCUCGGCACGACGAGCUACGUCCUCGGCGCGAGCCCGCAAUUCUACAACAGCCUGAUGAGCCUCGUGUGGCUCGUCAGAUCCAGCCUCCGCGAAGUCGACGGCCUGCUGGGCGAGAUGGAGCGCGGCGGCGUCGAGAUGGACGAGGGCACCUACGCUGUGCUGGGCGCGAUCGAGGAGGCACGCACCGCGGACUUGGAGCGAGAAAAGAGGGCGGGGCGGGACGAUAUAGAAGGAACGACGACCCGGGUAGGCGCAGACGCAGACCCCUCGCGAGGCGCCGCCUGGUGGAAGAGGCAGGAGCAGAUGCUCUUCUUCCCUCGAGUUCUGGACUGGUUGGACGUUAUUGCAGGACGGCUUGCCGCAAAGGAGAGAGCAGGCGUGGUUGAAGCCUAG